GAACGUGCCCGCCCUAGACAUAGUCUACGCGGAGCCUUUAUUUAUCGACACCACUAUGGACUCACGCAUCGGCCUGGAUUACAUUGUCGAAAAUCGUGAUUAUAUUUCGAAAUUAGGUACUGCAUUAGAUACCAACAAUGCCGUAGUUAAAAAACAAGUAUUCGAAUUACUAUCAGCCUUAUGUGCAUAUAAUGCCGAUGGUUAUACUCGUGCCAUAGAAACAUUAGAAUUUUAUAAGAAUCUCAAAAAUGAACGCUACCGUUUUAAAAUUGUCAUCAACGAAUUGGAAAAAGCAACGAACAUUGAAUAUCAGGUCGCCCUAUUGGCAUUCAUUAAUUGUGUGAUAAUAUCGGCGGCAUCAUUACAAGAUCGAAUACGAAUACGCAAUGAAUUUAUAGGUUUAAAAGUUCUUCCUCUGUUAAAUAAUUUAAGAAAAGUUGCACAAAGUGUAGGAGAUAUUAUUGUACAAUUGGACGUAUUCGACGAGCAGAGAGAAUGCGACGAAGCCCAAAGCCUACAAGGCCCAAAUGGCAUCAAUCUAAACUCACAUCUUGACGUCUUCUAUGCAAUAUUGAGACAGGUGGCCGAUACACCACAGGAAGUGCCAUUCCUUAGUAUACUGCAACAUUUGUUGCGAAUUGAUCCAAAAGAACACGUUAGUGAUGUUGUCUGGGAUACAACCGAAAAACUGGUACAUCGAGCAACUCUAUUAGAAAGUCAUGAAGAUUCGGUGCGUCUGUUACGCACGACGACUGCUCAAAAAUUCACCUGUCCCAAUUGUCGCAGUGAUGCUGUGAGUCCGACACGUAAACCGAAUGCUACGACCAUAGCUCCACCUCCGCCACCACCACCAGCUCCCGCACCGCCCCCACCACCACCAGGUUGUGGUAAGGUGGGCGGUAGUGUAGCAGGAGGAGCUCCACCGCCACCACCACCCCCCAUGACCAUGUGCAAUGGGCCACCAGCGCCGCCACCUAUACCCGGAGCACCACCAGCUCCUCCGCCCGUUGGAAAUUUACUCUCUGCUAAGACAACAAUGCCUGCCCGUUCACUAACACCCGAGCCACGUCUCGCGGAUGUGUUACUGCCGCAACAGGAUACACCGGCACCAAAGGCGAAAAUGAAAACCCUCAACUGGGGUAAGAUUCCACCACACAAAGUGAUUGGCAAACAAAAUCUAUGGACAAUUGUGGCCCACAAUCAUCAGGACACAACAAUGGAAGAUAUCGAUUGGAAUGAAAUGGAAGGACUCUUCUGUCUGCAAUCCACAAGUGCUCAAGGUUCACCAAAAUUGGGUAGAGCCGAUCCCUCGGCUGGGGCCAGUAGCAGUGGUUAUGAUACACUCGAUCGUAAAUCGAAAAAGGAGAGCACAGAAAUUAAUUUACUUGAUGGCAAGAGGACACUGAAUGUCAAUAUAUUUUUGAAACAGUUUAAGGGAUAUAAUUCCAAUGAAGAUAUUGUCCAACUAAUACAGGAUGGCAAUCAUGAGGUGAUAGGAGCCGAAAAACUCCGUGGCCUAUUGAAAAUUCUUCCCGAAGUCGAUGAAAUAGAUUUGUUAAAGACUUUCAAUGGUGAUCGUCAACGUUUGGGUAGAGCUGAAAAGUUUCUUCUGCUUCUUAUGGAGGUUCCAAGCUAUAAACUGCGCAUUGAGAGUAUGUUGCUGAAGGAAGAAUUUGCUGCCAAUGUUACAUAUCUGGACCCCUGUAUCAACACCAUGAUUGAAGCGGCCGAAGAUCUCAUGAAUUGUCGAUCUCUACAAGAAGUCCUCUACUUGGUUGUGGUGGCUGGUAAUUUCUUAAAUUCCGGUGGUUAUGCUGGUAAUGCUGUGGGCGUUAAGCUGUCCUCACUGACCAAACUAACCGAUAUCCGAGCAAAUAAACCCGGCAUGAAUCUAAUUCACUUUGUGGCCAUACAAGCUGAAAAACGUGAUGCCUCAUUACUGAAUUUCACCAAUGAAUUAAGUAAUUUAGAAAGUGCUUCCAAAACUAAUUUAGAACAAAUUGGCAUUGAUAUCAAGAAUCUAGAUUCUCAAUUACAAAAAAUCAAACGGCAAAUCGAAAUGCCCAAUACCGAUGAAGAUAUUAAAGAACAAAUGUUGGAAUUCUUACAAAGUGCCGAGGGUGAAAUGACGGUACUAAAGGCCGGCAUGGAUGCUGUAGAUAAUAUGCGUCUGAAGUUGGCCGAUUUCUUUUGUGAAGACCCGGCCACCUUUAGAUUGGAGGAAUGCUUUAAAAUAUUACAAACAUUCUGUGAUAAAUUCAAGCAAGCCGUUAAGGAAAAUGAACGGCGCCAACAGUUGGAGGAACAGGCCAGUAUAAGACAAAAACAACGGGAAGAACAAUUGGCCAGGAGAGCCAAAUAUGCCACCCUUAAUGGCACCCCCAGCUCUGAUUUCGAUAGUCAAUUUUCAUUGGAUUCUCCCUUUGAUCCUAGAGCUAGUCCGGCAUUGUCACGCAAACGUUAUGGCAGCUUUAACAACGGCAGUAAUGUGGAGGUCAAUAAUAGCUUUAUACGUUCCGAGGCCACAAAUGGUCACUGUGAUGGCCAAUCACCGGAUAUAACACCAAAUGGCAGUAUGCGAAGACGCCGCAGUCGUGUGCUAAAUGAAGAAGAUGAUUUAAUGGAAUUUUUACGUACCUCAGGACAUGAACGCAAUAGCCGAGAGAGGAAGGCAGCUUAUGGUAGUUUGGAUCGUUCAUGGGCACGUCGUGCUCGUUCCGGAAGUUCUAGUCGCAAACGUCCAGAUUUAUUAAAUAUUGAUUUUGGAGCAGAUAGAGAGCGGGCCGCUUCUCCCUUACCCAUUAAUGUGGUGGAGAAAAAUUCUCCACUCUCGCCGAACAAUGGAGAAAUUGUUCAAACGAACAAUAAUGACGAAACUAAACCAAGAAUAUCUCGUGAAUGGCGUCAAAAAAUCGAAAAUUGGUUACAAUCGAACGAAAACGAUGAAAAACAAGACGAGGAAUACAAACGUAAGCGACGUUUGGUUAACAUUAAUAGGCGUUCGCUUGAAAACGAGUCAGAAAGCGAACGAAAAUUGGAUACCUUACCCGAAGAGAAAUUUGUACCAACUACACCGAACUCUUGUACUAAAACAUCUAAUCAAACACUAACCAAUAACAAUGUUACUAAUACGAAUAAUCGUGAUGGCUAUAAACGCGUCUAUCCCGAUUGGAAACCAUCGAAGACCUUGGAAACGGAUGUUGUCGGUACCAUAGAAGCUAUUGCAAAUGUCAAUGAUGCCCGAGAAAAUACGAAGAAGCAAUUGGAAAAACCAAGCAUAUCGGAAUCAGAUUUAAGCUCCAUAAAGCCAUAUACACCACCACCAUCAUCAUCAUCGUCACACAAAUACUCAACACCCUAUACAAAUUGCGAAGAAGUUGUCUAUCGAAGACAACGUUCCGGCGAGAAUAAUCCAAUGCAACUGGAUCCCAUUGCCGAGGAGGAUCGCCGCAAAUCGUUAAUAGCUCAACAACAAUUGAUUGAGAAAGAGGCCAAUGAACGUCUGCAAAUAUAUAUACGUUCGCCUACGACGCCGGCUACCAAAGUUAAUAAUGUCGACAGACAUAAAUCCAAAUCACCAUCGCCAUCAUUCCAAACAAAUCGAAUCCAUUCUGAUAAUACCUCAAUGAAUUGCAAUGACAUGUACACCUCGAAACGCAAAGAAAUCGAUGCGGAUAACAUUGAAACGCCACCCGCACCCCGGAGAAUCAUAUCUAGUCCCACAACCACAUUGGUGACGGUCAAUAGGCCGGACGCUAAACCAGCUCAGGUUGAAGCAACGGAAAGAAAUACAAGUGGUAAUGACAUGGAAUCAACUGAAACACCUGGUCACUUUGAUCGCUAUUCCAUAGCCCGACGCACCAGACGUUAUAAACGACCAACUGACUACAGUAGUGGAAAUGAAGAACUAACUUCAGCCAAAGAUUCAAGUGAGGAAAAUUCACUAAACCAAAUAAAUAAAUCCGAAGAAAUUCCCAAGGAAGUGUCCCCAGUGCCGGCUCCAGUAGCCACAAAGUUGGAAGAUAUCACAAAACCCGAUAAACCAAAACGUAUUUCGGCUAGAACUAUUACAAAAUUGGAGAAAGUCGGACGACAUAUUAGUUCCAUAAAUCAGGAGGAUGUCCAAGAGGCAUUACGCAACCUCAAAUCACCCACUGAUGUGCCCGAACGCCUAUGGAGUCCGCCUCGAGAAAUAAUCAGUCAACGAUCAUCAAAUCUGGCCACAACAACAGCCAACGGAAGCACCAUUAUCAAGGUAUCGAAUCACGAACUGAACGAUGAAGGUUUUGAAGAAACACAAAGUCUAGUCUCAGAUACACCAUCUCAAGGUAAAGAGAGUGUAAAUUCCUCUUGCAAUGAAACCAAUGAAAUUAGUAAAUUGUCACAAAAACCAGUAUCACAAAAAGUCACGCCAAUACAGAAAAUCUCCAGCCGAUUGGCGGAUAGAUUACAAAUCUCUCGUCUACGUUCCACAUCAUCCAAGUCACAAACAAAUGCACCGGGUUCAGGGUCAUCGACGACAGGUACAGCGCGGAGAACCCCUUCAGCGUCCGUGGAUCGUUCGAGAACAACACGUUCGACAAAUGGACCAGCUGUACAUGGGCCAGCAAGUUCAACAGCUGCGGCCCAUAUGAGUAACUUCACGAAUAAUGCCAUACGAAGAGCUACCUCUUUGCGCAAGACACUGCCACAGGCAGGUGAAGCAGCAUCAAUGGCCAAUAAACGUGAUGUUGAACGUAGUAGUUCACGUAACAGUUUGCGGUCUUCACGCUCCUCGAUAAACAGUGCCACCUCGACGAAUACGGUGAAACGUAUGCCGCUUGGCAUUGGAAAUAACAAAAGUCCCCUACAGACGGUAUCCGUAGAUUCGUCACCCAGCAAACGUCCAUUGGGUACACAAAAUAUUCGUACAGGUGUGAAUCGUUUGGCAGCCGGGGUACCCGCCAGUCGCUCAAGUUCUAGUGGUUCGAGUGUGGGGCCCAGUGUUGUUGUGGUUAGGAAUAGAAUAACUCCUGGAUCGCAACGCCAAGCGUCACAUACCAGUCUUGGAAAUAGCACAAGUUUCAAGGAAAAUCAAACAAAUAUCGGCUCAUCAAGACCACAAACGGCACGUUCGGCAAUUUUGGUAAAAGCCACCAUUACGAAUCCCUCACAGUCUACAUCACAACAACAGCAGCAGCAGCAACAGCGUGGUGCAACAUCUCGCAGUAAUUCAAGUGUACGUUCAUCCAGUAGUUUUAUGAGACCAACAGCUUCCAGCGCUACAAAACGUUCGAAGUAAAAUA